AUGUCAGUGAGCAAAGACGCCGGCAACGACGACGAGGCUCCACCCUCAUACGGCGAGGCCUCUCGCUUCGGUCAGCUCGGCCACUCUGACAUCACGCUAACGACUGCGGCCUCUGACGCCCACGAGCGCCUUGCGCGAGUGAUCGACGAGGCGCGCAGCAAGCCAAAACCUGUUGAACCUGCCGCGGUCGCGGUCUCCAUCCGCAACGUGGCAGACGCACGGACCGCAGCCGCAGUGCCGGCUGUGCCGCUGCAGGCGCAUAUUCAUGAGCGCCGCAGUCGCAACAGAGCCUCGGCUUGCUGCACUCUCUUCGUCCUCAUGGCCAGUGCCGCCUGCGGAGUUUGCCUCUGGUAUGGAUUUCGAGUGUCGGGCAGCACUGUCGGGGAGCCAAGCUUGGGCGGCGAGCCCGCCGGCGACGCCUCCUUUCUCUUCUGCGUGACGAGCCCUGGCCGCUUCACCUUUGACUCGUGUGGCUCCGACUAUGACACGUGGCUGCGCGUUUGGACGCUGGAGGACGCCGACGAGGUGGCAGAGUGCGACGAUUGCGGUCAAUGCGAACUCCGUUCCGUGCUGAGCACCACCUUGGUGGUGGGCUGCUACCUGCUCGUCGUUGACGGCUACCUUACCAACGAGGGAGCCUUUUCCGUCGCCGUUGGCUGCAGUGGCGGCGGGAAGCUCGCGUAG